CUUUUCUCUCUUUUUCUCGGCAACCAAACAAAGGUUAACUGUGAGACGUUUUUGUUUUUACUUUUUACUCAGAAAGCGCUCUGUGGGACAACAUUGAGUUUGAGUUUUUAGAAUUUUAUUUCUUCCAGUUUCCUGGGUUUUUCUUCUGCAAUCAACAAGAGGGUACUGGUGAGAUUUCUUGGGGUUUUUGGGAGAGAUCGAACACUGCUGUCUGAAUUUUAUUUCUUUUAGUUCUUCAGUUUUUUCAGCAACCAAGGGAAGGGUGAAAUGGAGAACACAGCUGCAAAUCAGCUCCCCGAAGUGGAUUCUUUGCCAGAUGGAUUUGUUGAGAGCUCUGCAGAACCAGUGGCUCCUCCAACUCCGACAUUGGACAAAGAGUCGGAUUACAAGGACAGUAAUUUUUCAACAAUGGAACCUUCUAAUGAUCUGGAAAAUGAAUCACUGGAACUAUUAGAUUCCAGUGUGGACAGGGUUGAGAAGACUCAGAAACCUAGAACUUUCCCUGUUCCAUUAUCUGAGAAGGAUGGUUUUGAUUCUUCUGGAGAAUCACCUAAAGUGACAAAUAAAGGCUGCUCGGAGCCUGGAGAAGCCACUGAAGGAGGCUCAGAUGCACCAACAACCCAUCUGAAGGAUGUAUCUUCUUCAGAAAGCAUUGAACAUUUGAAAAACAGAAAACUAGAAACCUCUGAAGUAAAACGUAAAAGUGCAAAGCGUACUUUCAAAUCAGAAAAGGAGUUUCUGGAAUUCUCUUUGAAAUAUCAACAGGUUAUAGCAGAAAGAGAUACGGCCAUUGCUGUUCGAGAUAAGCUUGAGUCACUGUGUAGGGAAUUACAACGUCAGAACAAAUUGCUAAUGGAUGAAUGCAAACGAGUAUCAGCAGAGGGCCAAACCUUGAGAUUAGACCUAUCAACCAAGUUCCAAGAUGCAAUCAAGGACGUAAGCAGUAAGCUGGAAGAGCAAAAAGGCGAGUGUCUCUCCCAGCUCAAGGAGAAUGAGAUGUUAAGAAACAAACUGAAGCAGCUUGCUGAUCAGUACACUCUUUCAGAACAGCAAUUUGCGCAGAAGUUAAAGCAGAAAACACUGGAACUUCAGCUUGCUGAUUUGAAAAAUCAGCAACAUGAGGAGAAAUUGAUCCAGGAACAAUCCCAGAUGAAAUUGUAUGCAGAACAGGUGUCACAAUUAUUGACAACUGAAAAAAGCUUGCGCUUACAGUUAACAGCUGAUGGAGAGAAGUUCCAACAAUUCCAGGAAGCAUUGUUAAAGAGCAAUGAAGUCUUUGAAACAUUUAAGCAAGAGAUUGAGAAGAUGGCGAAAUCAAUAAAGGAACUUAAGAAGGAAAAUAUUUUCUUGAAGAGCAAAUCUGAGAAGUCAGAUGUCACUCUAAUAGAACUUGUUGAGGAGCGGGAGCGCUUGAAGAAACAACUUGAGAAAAUGAAGAAUCAGAAAGAAAAGCUUGAAUCCUUAUGCAGGUCUCUUCAGGCAGAAAGGCGACAAAAUUCAAUUGGCAGUAAUGCCUCUGAUUGAGUUCCAAUUUCAAGGCUACAAAAAUACAUUCAACAAGGUAAAGAAUGUUGAAUGAUUUUAGGAACGAAGUAUACUUCACAGUUUAUACCAUAUGUUAUUUCGGCUGUGGCUUCUAUUGAGUUGUGAAAUACUCAAGAGGAUUAAAUGACUCUAGGGAUUGUAACCAUACAAAAAUCCUUCCCAUCAUUUAUUGUAUCGACAUUCCAAGUUGUGCUAGCUAGUAUCAUUGGCAUUAUCCUUACCGCUUUCUGGGUUCCAUACUUAGAUUGGGAUCUGUUAAUUUCGUUAUCCUAAGUUGGAGGGAACAAUUAUUUUCCAAUCAAUCAAGCUCUGUUGUGCUCUGCCGUUUUGUUGAUUCA